UCAUGUCCUAAACUAUAGGGUUCUUUACUUUGAUCGGGAUUGGUGCAUUCCAAAAACAUGGCCGUUUGAGAUGCGCAAGCAAAUCUGUGUGAUCUAAUGAAGGACGUCUGCUUACAACGCUAAUUAUUAUAUUUGGAUAUAUAAAGACAAAACUAUUAUGGAAGACAGCAAUAAUGCUCAAGCAGGAUGGGCCGAUUCUUUUAAAAGUGAAAACGUGCAUUGCGAAAAAUGUAUAAAGGAGUUAACAAAAGAAGAAUUGUUGUCGCAAGUAAUAAAAUGUGCUAGUUUUGCUGCGGAAAAACAUCAAAAUCAAAGAAGGAAGAAUGUCGAUCAAACACCAUACAUAAACCAUCCUUUAGGAGUAGCAAAUAUUUUAAUCCAAGAGGGUAUGGUUUUUGAACCAGUUGUUAUUCUAGCAGCAAUCUUACAUGAUACCGUGGAAGAUACUGAUACUACAUUUGAGGAAAUUGAAAAAGAAUUUGGAUAUAAAGUUACCCAGGUGGUUCGAGAAGUAACUGAUGACAAAACAUUGCCAAAAGCCAAACGUAAACAAUUGCAGAUAGAACAUGCACCUAAUAUAUCUCGCGAAGCAAAAUUAGUAAAAUUGGCUGAUAAAUUGUAUAAUUUGAGAGAUCUUGAAAAAGGCAUUCCCAUUGGUUGGACAAGUGAAAGAGUAAAAGAAUACUUUAAGUGGGCAAAAGCUGUUGUAGAUGGAUGUCGUCAAACUAAUCCUAAUUUAGAAAGAGAAUUAGAUAUUUUGUUUGCAUCACAUGGUUUGCUCUGAAGAAAAUUGUAAGUAAAAGUCCUAAAUCUAAUAGCUGGUAAGAUUCUAAAUGUAACACGAUACACAUAUAGAUGAACAAAUCCAAAACGCUUUACAUACGGAAAAUUAUUGUAUAUAAAAACCAAUACAAAUGUAUAUUUACAAGUAA